ACUAUGUCACUAAUUAUAAAUUCAGAGUGACUUAAUAAAACGAUGAUAUAGUGUACUACUCUGUGGUAGAAAAGCUCUGUGGGUUUGGUCAAUUUUGACAUUGUCAUUGUCAUUUUAUUAUUUCGAAUGUCACUCAAAAGUCAAAAGUCAAUGUUAAGUUAGAAUCAGAACCUGCUAUUUCUUUUUCGUUACUAUCCAAUGUAUUACAAAGCUAGCGAAAGAAGAAAAACUGGAGAUAACCCUUGAAAUUCAGGAAAUGCGAGCCUCCACUUAAUAUAAAUUAGUUCAAUACAAAACAGGGUAGCGCCGACAAACCAAAUUUAUUUAUUAAAAUCACGGUUUACAUUUACGUUUAGAAUAUAAUUAGAACAUUUAAUAAACAAUAAAAUAUAUAUUUGUUACAAGAAAAUAUAAAUCCCUAAAAUGAAUAAAGAAAAAAAAGAACCAGACUAUCCAGUUGAAUUAGAAAGUCAAUUUAUCAUGAGAUUUCCUGACGAACCAGCUAAAUCAUUGAAAGAAUUGAUAAAAUCUGGCGAGAAUUUUAAAAAUAGACUUUCUAUUAGUCUAGAAAAUGACAUGAGACAUGGGGAGGUACGUUUUGAUCAUUGGCUAUUACAUGCUAAAAUUGUGGAUUUGCCAACCAUAACAGAGUCACUAAAAACAAUUGAUAGAAAAAGUGUUUAUAAAACUGCAAAUAUAUGUCAAAUAAUGAUAUGUAAAGAAGAAAUUGACAAUACAAGUGAAGAAGAGUUACCCAACAAAAGUAAGAAAAAGGAUCCAUUUAAAGUUGACAAAAAGUUUCUUUGGCCACAUGGUAUUACUCCACCAACAAAAAACAUCAGAAGAAGACGUUUUAGAAAAACUUUAAAAAAAAAGUGUGCAGAAGCUCCAGAAAUUGAAAAAGAAGUUAAGAGGCUUCUAAGAGCAGAUAAUGAAGCUGUUAGUGUAACAUGGGAAGUUAUAAAGGAAGAAAAUGACAGUUCAAAGAAUGAAAGUGCAUUAUCAAAUAAACCUAAGCCAAAGAAAAACCCAAUUGCAAAAGCAGGACAAAACUCAAAUAACCAGUCUAAUUUCGAAGAAAUAUUUGGUGGGACAGUAAGUGAUAGUGAUGCAGAAGAUGAUACUAUUGAUAAAGAAGACAGCAGAAUGUCAGCAUGUGACGAUCAGAUGUCAGACUCGAAUUCUGUUCAAGGAUCUGAAUACAAAGGAAAACAAGUAGUAACUCAAUUCAAGUCUGAAAUGUUUAGCUCCCUGGAAAUGGCUAGCAAUAUAGCCACACCAGUAAUAAAUAAAAACACUACAGUGGCUUCAGUCAGUGGUAAUAUGAAUCAGCACCAACAUUUUAGUGAUAGUCCUACUCAAAAUGUGAAAGUGCAACAACUCACAGCUGAACUCGAAGAACUUAAGCUGAGAAAACAUAGAACACAACUAGAAAUUUCAGGUCUUCAAAAUAUGGCCUUAAGACAGAGGUUUCAAGACAUUUUACAUACACUUAAUAAUGAAAUUCAGUUGAAAAAAAUUGAGAUUAAAAAUUGUGAAAAAUGAUAUCUUAAACAUUGCAUAAGCAUUAUCUAAGUGUUACCUCACAUGAUGUUCGGAAAGAAAAGUGAUAACUGAAGCAUCCUAAAUUUGAAAUUUCAACUACAUUCAGGAUCUGUUUCAAAAGUGUUUAAUAUAAAGAGCUUGCUGAAUUUCUGCAUGUGCUGGAAAAAGUAAUGUUUAAACACUUUCACCUCCAGUGAAGCUUCAUAAUUAUGUAUCCUGCCUACUAUUAAAAUAAUUUAAUUAUCAAUCAAAAAAAUACAAAAGUAGAUGUUUGUUUGUAUGUGACAAUAAUUA